GCGGGCAGCCGCAGCGGAACAGCAGCUACCCCUGCCCCUCCCCUCUGAAAUGGACGCCCAGGGCAACCCCAAUGCCGCAUCCGGCAGCUCGAACCCCCCGGUCCCACAGGUCCAGCAGGUGGGUUCCACUGCGACACCUGCGGGAGCCCUCGACGCUGCGCCAGUCUGGCAGCAAGGAGAGACCAUGACGGUCUUUCUGGCCCGCCUGGGCACCUACAUGCAACAAGUACAAGAGGAACAGCAACACGAGGCGGCAGCUGAAGCGGCACGCCUCAACGCCAUUGCUUGCGACGCCGAGCAACGGCGCCGGCAGCACGAGGAAGCAGCUGCCAACCAUAACAAAGCUCGAAAAGAUGCCGCAUCCGUCCUCAUGCAGCAGGAAGCCUUGCAUACCGCCGCACUCCAAGCAUGGAAUGUUGAUCCAGCGGCGACGACGGAACCAACUGCGGAGGAUCAGACCAAGUCAGCCCUCGCCAGCAUGAUGCACCAAGUCAUCCUCACUUGUAACUGGCAACAAGUGGAGUUCGCCCGGCGGGCAAAUGUCAUCGCCAGUUAUGAGGAGACUCUCAAGAGCCUCCACCCCCGCCUCGACAUGCUGGAGACGGAUGAUGUGCCGCACCGACACACGACAUCCUCACGUAUCGAUCCAUCGAUCCGCGAGCUGGAAGGACGAAUGGAUCACCUGGUCGUGCUCCUCAGAAACUUGAACAGUUUUCAACGACUGACGACCAUCAGCCAGCAAAUCGCCGCCCUACAAGCGGACCUGCGUCAGCUGCAGCAGCAACCAACUGGGACCUGCAACAGCCUGACGCAAAGAAGACGUCCGUCCACGACAAAGCUCGGGAAACUGAGCUCCGCGGGAAGUGAGGCGACUCCACUUCCUACUCUGCCGGACACGGUUGCCUUGCUGGCAACCUCCUCCAGGUCCGGGGAACAUGCGUAUGUCGCCAGUCUUCACGAAAGUUACGAAGACUAUGCUGUCCAGCUGGUCCCGCCUUUGGACCAACCUCUCCACGUGCAAGAGUCAUGUGCGUGCGCGACUUCAUCACCAUCACCAAGUGAACCAGCAUCCUCACCGACACUACUCGGGGACUCGUUGGUAUGGUCUAGACUUGAGGACCUGGACCCAUUGACGCCAGAGGACUUCCAAUGGAUGCCUCUUCCCCCAUCUGGUUCCUUGUCGAAGCCGCAUUGCAACGCCUUAAUGGAAGAACUGCACAACUACUUGCACGUUGCAGUACCAACUCCGGUGAUGGGAGAUGGAGAAACGGUUGUUGACCUUCACGAGUACAUUGCAAAGAUUGACCACGAGUACGCCACGCAACGCGAGGACCACCCGGUGAACUUCUACCGCCGCACCGUUCACGUUCGUGACCGGAACGGGAUACUUGGGCCAUGUACGACACCCCCACCUCACCCUUCGAUUGGUUGUCACGUGGUCUCCGCGGCAAGCAUUCGCAACUCCAUCGCACGGAACGACGUGGAGGAAAUGGGCAUUUGCUUCUUGCAAGCCCUCCCCCCUCCCGACGAGCCAGCGGCGGAACAACCACUGGAUCCACGCAUUUUACAGCUUCUUGACUCCUAUGGCGACGUCUUUGAAGCCCCCGUCGGAAUCGUACCGAAUCGGCCAAUUCGUCAUGAGAUCAUCCUCGAAGAUGGGGCCGUACCUCCGCGCGAAUGUAUUUACCGCAUGAGCGAGGAGGGACUCGAAGUGCUGCGAACACAACUUGAUGACCUCAUUGACAAGGGCUGGAUUCGCCCUAGCUGCUCGCCCUACGGUGCACCCGUUCUCUUCGUCCGGAAGAAGAACAAGGAACUGCGCUUAUGCAUUAACUAUCGUAAGCUUAAUGCUCAAACAAUUAAGAAUGUCGGCCCGCUCCCACGCAUCGACGAUCUUCUCCAACGAUUGGGCGGCGCCAAGUACUUCUCCAAGUUGGACCUCAAGGCCGGUUACCACCAGCUCGAGAUCCAUCCAAGAGAUCGAUACAAAACCGCGUUCAAGACACAGUACGGGCACUUCGAGUGGGUCGUAAUGCAAUUCGGCCUCACGAAUGCCCCGGCCACCUUCCAAGCGGCAAUGACAAUAGAGUUUCGCGACAUGUUGGACCGGUUCGUGCUCAUCUACCUCGAUGACAUCUUGGUGUAUAGCCGGACUUUGGACGAGCACAUCGUGCAUCUACGUGCUGUUUUGGACAGGCUACGUACGGUCAAGUACAAGGCCAACCGAGCCAAGUGCGAAUUCGCGCAGCAAGAGCUCGAGUACUUGGGCCACUUUGUGACGCCGCAAGGCAUCCGUCCACUCUCGGACAAGAUCAAGACCAUCCAAGAGUGGCUAGAACCGACCAACACCACGGAAGUCCGUUCUUUUAUGGGAUUGGCCGGCGAGGACCACCCGGUGAACUUCUACCGCCGCACCGUUCACGUUCGUGACCGGAACGGGAUACUUGGGCCAUGUACGACACCCCCACCUCACCCUUCGAUUGGUUGUCACGUGGUCUCCGCGGCAAGCAUUCGCAACUCCAUCGCACGGAACGACGUGGAGGAAAUGGGCAUUUGCUUCUUGCAAGCCCUCCCCCCUCCCGACGAGCCAGCGGCGGAACAACCACUGGAUCCACGCAUUUUACAGCUUCUUGACUCCUAUGGCGACGUCUUUGAAGCCCCCGUCGGAAUCGUACCGAAUCGGCCAAUUCGUCAUGAGAUCAUCCUCGAAGAUGGGGCCGUACCUCCGCGCGAAUGUAUUUACCGCAUGAGCGAGGAGGGACUCGAAGUGCUGCGAACACAACUUGAUGACCUCAUUGACAAGGGCUGGAUUCGCCCUAGCUGCUCGCCCUACGGUGCACCCGUUCUCUUCGUCCGGAAGAAGAACAAGGAACUGCGCUUAUGCAUUAACUAUCGUAAGCUUAAUGCUCAAACAAUUAAGAAUGUCGGCCCGCUCCCACGCAUCGACGAUCUUCUCCAACGAUUGGGCGGCGCCAAGUACUUCUCCAAGUUGGACCUCAAGGCCGGUUACCACCAGCUCGAGAUCCAUCCAAGAGAUCGAUACAAAACCGCGUUCAAGACACAGUACGGGCACUUCGAGUGGGUCGUAAUGCAAUUCGGCCUCACGAAUGCCCCGGCCACCUUCCAAGCGGCAAUGACAAUAGAGUUUCGCGACAUGUUGGACCGGUUCGUGCUCAUCUACCUCGAUGACAUCUUGGUGUAUAGCCGGACUUUGGACGAGCACAUCGUGCAUCUACGUGCUGUUUUGGACAGGCUACGUACGGUCAAGUACAAGGCCAACCGAGCCAAGUGCGAAUUCGCGCAGCAAGAGCUCGAGUACUUGGGCCACUUUGUGACGCCGCAAGGCAUCCGUCCACUCUCGGACAAGAUCAAGACCAUCCAAGAGUGGCUAGAACCGACCAACACCACGGAAGGGCAAGGGCAAGAGAAACCGCUGCGGGAGGCGGUUGUCAACUGUGCGGACUACUUCAUCGCCCUCGCCAACGGAGAUGCAGGAGCUGAGCCCCCGCCCAUGCUCAUCAUGCGGCUGAACGAUGUGCCGCGCUUCAAGAUAGACGACCCCGCGCAGCGAGAACCUGCUCUUUACCGGGCGAGGAACACCCAGAAUGUUGUGCUGCGCACGAUCCACGGGUGGAUCUUCAGGUCGUCGUCCCGGUUGAAUGGCUGCGCUCGCACAGAAUCUUACAUCACCGUGGACUACACUACGGACUUAGCGUGAGCUGUCUCGCAAGGUCUGGAGUGCGCGAGCGUGGUUCCCCUGGCUCUGAUCUUCUACACUUCGCAGAUAAAGAUGUAUGUGCCUC